AUGAAAUAUCACGGCCAGUGGCUGCUGAUCACUGGGGUAUUUUUGGCUCAGGCAGUUUUACUUGUCAUUAGCUUUUCCUUGGAUCCUCCCACACCUUACAAUGAAACCACAUGGUACAAAGACCAAAUCAUAUGUGGUUGUGCCUUUAAUCUUCAAGUAAACUCUUUUGCUUUAUUUUUUGUUGCAGUAUUGUCUUCUCUCUGCUUUUUUUUCUCAUACAUGGGAAAAGAUCUCCCAAAAAAUUACAACGAAGCCAAAGCUAUAACCUUCUGCCUCCUCCUGCUGGUCCUCACCUGGAUCCUCUUUUUCACUGAGUACAUGCUUUACCGUGGAAAAGACCUCUUCACUCAUAACGCCCUGGCUGUACUGUUGAGCCUUUAUUACUUUUUGGUGUGGUAUUUCCUCCCAAAAGGCUACAUCAUCAUGUUUCAACCCCACAAAAACACACAGCAGUACUUUCAAGGCCUCAUUCAGAGUUAUACCAAAGCAUUUAGCCACUAUGAAACAGAGAUGAGGCGCUCUUUUGUUAUUCUGCUCCUACAGGGAGCUUUCCUGCGUGCUUUGACUCAGUGCAAAGCUCCAAGCUCUGAGUUUCAUCUGAAGGGGGAUCAUUUGAUCGGUGGACUUUUUGACAUUCAUUUUGUCAGUGACCGCUUUUAUCACGACAGACCGGAAGCCAUCGACUGCUCCAGUCAGCGCUUCAGUCCCUCCAACUACCAGAGGUUUCAGUUGAUGAGGUUCUCCGUCGAGGAAAUCAAUAAUUCCACCCACCUGCUCCCGAACGUGUCUCUCGGCUAUGAGGUAUUUGACCACUGCUCAGACACACUGAGUUUUCCAGGGAUUUUCAAACUCCUCUCCGUCAAUGGCCUGAUCCGGCCUUGGUCAGACCCACUCAAGUAUCUGCCUGAGGUCAUAGCGGUCGUGGGUCCUUUCACCAGCACUCAGGCCCUGACUGUGGCCCCCCUAUUCAUGGGGGAUCUCAUUCCCAUGGUCAACUAUGGAUCUUCAGUUUCUGCUUUUUCGGAAAAGGUUAAAUUUGCGUCCUUCUUACGAACAGUGCAACCAAACAGAGACGUCAUAGAGGUGUUGGUUCGGAUACUGCAGCACUUCAGCUGGAGCUGGGUUGCUUUCCUAAACACUGACGACGAGUACGGCACCGACGGCCUGGACUUGUUCAGGAAGAGGAUCAAGGACACCGAAAUCUGCUUGGCCUAUGCCGCAGAUCUCAAUACCCACACAGACUACUCUGAGACGUUUAAACUCAUAGACCGAGGUGGAAUACAAGUCAUUAUUGUUUUUGCCCCUGAAUUGGCGGCAGAGGCUCUCAUUCAGUCAGCCAUUAGGCUGAAUGUCACAAAGAAGGUGUGGAUAGCGAGUGACGCGUGGUCCUUAAACAAAAGGCUGCCAAAGACGAAGGGAAUAGAAAACAUUGGAACCGUUCUCGGGGUGGCUCAGCCAAUAACGACGAUACCUGGUUUCAGAGAUUUUAUCCUCUCUUCCAAAAGCCAGAUUCAGUGUCUCAAUGACGAGGGGCAGAAAUUUUGCAAUCAGGUUUGCAACUGCAGUCUCUGGAGCUCCGGAGAUAUCCUCGAUUCCGACCCGUCUUUCUCUUUUUCGGUUUAUUCUGCCGUCUAUGCCAUUGCCUAUGCUUUACACAACACCUUAAAAUGUGGACAAGGCGGGUGUAAAAACAUCACAGCAUACCCACAUUUGGUUCUGGCAGAGCUGCAGAGGUCCAACUUCACGCUGCUGAACCGCACGGUGCAGUUUGAUAAGAACGGUGACAUGGCGUUUGGGCUCUACUCGCUGGUCUUCUGGAACCGCAGCGGUCAUGCGCAGACGGUCGGAUAUUUCAAAUUUCACCCAACAGUGAAUUUUGUCAUCAACGGCACUGAAAUUUUGUGGUACACAGGUGGAGAGGUUCCUACGUCUGUGUGUUCUCCAGAGUGCUCUGAGGGAUACGCCAGGAGCCAAGACGGAAUCCACAGGUGCUGCUUCAAUUGUGAAAUCUGCCCAGCUAGAACAUACAUCAAUGUCACAGAGGACCCCUACAGAUGCAUCCCCUGUCAGGACUCAGAGUGGGCGGCAGAGGGAAGCACGUCGUGCAGCCUGCGGCUGGUGGAGUACGUCCCAUUCUCAGACACCAGUGCCGUGGUCAUCCUGGCUGGAGCCUGCGUCUUGGUGGGCCUCAUUCUGGCCGUGUCUGUUCUCUUCACCGUCCACUACAACACGCCUGUUGUCAAGUCGGCCGGAGGACCCAUGUGCUUCUUAAUUCUGGGCAGCCUCUUUCUGUGUACUUUCAGUGUGUUUUUUUACUUCGGUGUGCCCACAGAAGUGUCUUGUGCCCUCAGGUACUUCCCAUUUACUUUACUCUACGCAAUUUGUUUGGCAUGUUUCUUCGUGCGUUCUUUUCAGAUCGUGUGCAUCUUCAAAAUAUCUGCCAAGUUCCCCAAGCUCAACAGUCUGUGGAUGAAAUAUCACGGUCAGUGGCUGCUGAUCACUGGGGUAUUUUUGGCUCAGGCAGUUUUACUGACCAUCAGCUUUUCCUUGGAUCCUCCCAGACCUUACAAUGAAACCACAUGGAGCGCAGAUCAAAUUGUGCUUUUUUGUGAGUGGAAUAUUGCAACUGCAAGUUAUGCUUUUAUUUUACUGGCAGUUUUGUGCCUUCUUUGCUUUAUUUUCUCUUAUAUGGCAAAAGAUCUCCCAAAAAAUUAUAAUGAAGCUAAAGCAAUAACUUUCUGCCUCCUCCUGCUGAUCCUCACCUGGAUCAUCUUUAUCACAGCGUACAUGCUUUACCAAGGUAAAUACAUCCAGACUCUAAAUGCUCUGGCUGUGCUCUCCAGUCUGUACUCUUUCAUUUUGUGGUAUUUUCUGCCAAAAUGCUACAUCAUCCUUUUUCAACCCCACAAAAACACAGCACAGUAUUUUCAAAGUCUGAUUCAAAAUUACACCAAAACAAUAAGUCAGUAG